CAAACCAAUGUGAGUCGGUGACAUUUAACCAAAGCCGCCGCCCCCUUUUUCCCUCACUAGCCUACACUGUUUUCCUCGUUUACGGAGUGACCGCGACAGCUGCCAAUGUUUAGUUCGUCUUCGUGAAGUUGGGACACAACCGAAGGCAUGCCACUGGCUCGCAGCCUGUCUGUCACGUCCCUAUCAGGACUUGACGAGUGGGACGAGGAGUUUGAUUUGGAGGAUGCUGUACUUUUUGAAAUUGCAUGGGAGGUAGCCAACAAAGUUGGAGGGAUUUACACAGUCAUACAGACCAAAGCCCGUAUGACUGCGGAGGAAUGGGGGGAGAACUAUUUCCUGGUGGGUCCCUACGUGGAGAGCAACGUGCGCACCCAAGUGGAGCUGAUCGAGCCAACCAAUCCUGUGCUGAAGCGGACCAUUGAUAAAAUGAACGCCAGUGGCUGUAAGAUUUACUUUGGCCGGUGGCUUAUUGAAGGCAGUCCAUACGUCGUUCUGAUUGAUGUCGCCUUCACCGCCUGGUCUCUGGACCGCUGGAAGAGCGAGCUGUGGGACCUCUGUGCCAUCGGCGUGCCUUGGUUCGACCGCGAGGCCAACGAUGCCGUUCUGUUUGGCUUCCUCACCGCCUGGCUCUUGGGAGAGUAUGCGGCUCAGUCUGAGGAUCCUCCACACAUUGUAGCCCAGUUCCAUGAGUGGCUGGCAGGUCUGGGCCUGGUGCUGUGCAGACAAAGACAGCUUCCUGUUGCAACUAUUUUCACCACCCAUGCUACGCUGCUGGGUCGCUACCUGUGUGCCGGAAAUGUGGACUUCUACAACAACCUGGCAGAGUUCAAUGUGGAUAAAGAAGCCGGAGAUCGGCAAAUUUACCAUCGCUACUGUCUGGAGCGGGCAGCUGCACACUGCGCUCACGUCUUCACCACUGUGUCACAAAUUACGGCCAUCGAGGCCGAGUUCCUGCUCAAGAGGAAACCCGACAUCAUCACUCCAAAUGGCCUCAAUGUGAAGAAGUUCUCUGCUAUGCAUGAGUUUCAAAACCUCCAUGCUCAGAGCAAGAAUCGUAUUCAGGAGUUUGUCAGGGGUCACUUCUAUGGGAACCUUGACUUCAACCUGGACAAGUGUCUGUUCCUCUUCAUAGCAGGAAGGUAUGAAUUCUCCAACAAAGGAGCCGACAUCUUCCUCGAGGCUUUAGCCAGACUCAACUAUCUACUGAGAGUUAACCACAGCGAUGUGACCGUUAUAGCUUUCUUCAUCAUGCCAGCUCGGACCAACAACUUUAACGUGGAGACGCUGAAGGGCCAAGCAGUGCGAAAGCAGCUAUGGGAUACAGCCCAGACUGUGAAGGAGCGCUUUGGAAAGAAACUUUAUGAAUCACUCCUAGUUGGUCAGCUGCCAGAUGUGUCGAAGAUGCUGGACAAAGAAGACUUCACCAUCAUGAAGCGUGCCAUCUUUGCGACUCAGAGGCAGUGCCAGCCUCCAGUCUGCACCCACAACAUGCUGGAGGACAGCAGCGACCCCAUCCUUAACUGCGUCCGCCGCAUCGGCCUUUUCAACAGCUCUGCUGACCGAGUCAAGAUCAUCUUCCACCCAGAGUUCCUUUCAUCCACGUCUCCUCUGCUUCCCAUGGAUUACGAGGAGUUUGUCAGAGGCUGCCACCUUGGUGUCUUCCCUUCUUACUAUGAGCCUUGGGGUUAUACACCAGCUGAGUGCACAGUGAUGGGUAUUCCAUCCAUAUCCACUAAUCUGUCAGGCUUCGGGUGUUUCAUGGAGGAACACAUAGCAGACCCUUCAGCGUACGGUAUUUACAUCCUUGACCGGCGCUACAAGGGUGUCGACGAGUCGUGCAACCAGCUCACUUCCUUCCUUUUCCAGUUCUGCAAACAGAGCCGACGCCAGCGGAUCAUCCAGAGGAAUCGCACAGAGCGCCUGAGUGACCUCCUGGACUGGAGAUACCUCGGCAGAUAUUAUAUAGCUGCUCGUCAUAUGGCCUUGGCUAAAGCCUUCCCAGACACCUAUGUAUAUGACCCUCAGGAGCCCUCCUCGGCUUCAGGUUUCCGCUACCCCCGACCAGCCUCUGUGCCUCCAUCUCCGGCUCUGUCCCGUCACUCCUCCCCGCACCACAGCGAGGCCGAAGACAACGACGAGGACGAGCGUUACGACGAGGAGCUUGAGGCCGAAAAGGACCGCGUGAACAUCCGCCAGCCCUAUACCAUACCGGUUAAAGGCAAAGCCGUCCUCGGAGGCAACGGGAGCGGCGAGGACGAGGCGAGCGAGAAAAACUGAGGCGCACACACUCGUAUGCAUUAUAAUACAUGCUGAACCUCACUAGUGAAACCUUUUUUUGUUUCUGUUACAAUCAUUAGUCAUCCUUGCACUACAAACUUGACAAAUGGGUGCAGCUGUGUUCAUGUGUGUGAUUACUUUAGUCGUGGCUUUCUGUGAAAAAAGAAAAUGCAUCACUUGUCUGUGUCUUCCCAACCAAUGCGUACCUCAGAACCUUAAAACUGUCAGCCAGUUUUUGGUAUCGUCUCAAGCACACCAGCACUGCAACCAGUCGUAGGCCGAAAACAUAGAAACAGGAACUAGUGAAUUAAAAUUACCCUGUUUUGUGAAUAAUUUAGAUAUAAAGCAUUAAUAAAGUAACAGAGGGGUUUUAUUCUAGAUUCUAGGAUCAAAAUGAGGAGAAAUAAAAUGGCAUAAGCCUCCAUCUUUUUACAAACUUGUCAUUUGUCUUCAUUCAAAGCAAAACUUGCUUCUUUUUUUCCAGCUUUUUUUGCAAAUGCCUUUUUACAGCAAAAUGUCACAGAUUGGAAAAAGAUGGAGCACAUACAUGCCCAGUAAUAAGUAGCAGUAGAUAUAAGAAUACAAAACCUCUCCUUGAGCUUAGCAUCAUGUGUUUUUUUCCAUCUUUUUUUUUUUUGCCUUAUUGUAUCAGUUUUCUAAUAAUUAGGGAUACUGAUCAGCCACAUGUCACAUCCAUUUACCUGUCAACAUAUGCACUUGUGUGGAGGUAGUUUAUCUUGUUCAACAAAGUACUUAUUUGUGAAAGAGGAAAGAAGGGAAGAAGAAUUGAACUCUGUGUGGGAAUCAAGAUGAAUGUCGGAUGUUGGUUUUACCAGAUGUGUCCCGUCACUGUCUCUCCUCAGUAUGAGUUAUAUUGUUUGCUCCAGUAAAAUAAAAUUGAAAGCUCUAUAUCUGUUAGUAUUUUA